AAAAAUGACGAUUACGUCAAUAGUAACGGUUUGGCUGCGGUAAACAACUUUGGUAUUGGAGGUGCAAACGCACACGUGUUGCUCGGACCCAACCCUAAAGUGGGAACGAGUGAUGGACUGAGAAUUGCGGAAACGAUUCCCAGAAUUGUUAACAUUUGCGGCCGAACUGAAGAUGCGGUCAAAUAUGUGAUGGAUUUCAUACAAAACAACCCAAAGAAAGUGACGAAUGACUUUUUGGCACUUUUGGCACCCGUUAUGAGAUUUACACCCGAUAUUAAUUCAGGCGGAAUGCCGUUCAGAGGAUCAAUGAUAAUAUCGAAGAUAUCGGAAGCAAACAAUGAAACAAAAUAUGAAUAUAAAAGACAAAUAGGAGUAAUGAAAGGCAAAACAAUAAGACCUUUAUGGGUACUGUUUCCGGGUUUGGGCGGACAAUGGCCUGCAAUGGCAAAGGCUUUGAUGUCAAUCAAGAUAUUCGCCGAUAAAGUGGAAGAAUGCCAUCAAAUACUACACGAAUUCGGUGUCGAUUUGAAACACAUGUUGUUAUCAGAAGACAAGACAGCGAUGUCUUCAAUGACUGCAAAAUUCUGUUCGACGACUGCUAUAGAGAUAGCGUUGUUUGAACGCUGGACAUCACACUUGGACAUCACACCCGACGGUAUAAUUGGCCACUCGUUUGGAGAGAUAGCCUGUGCUUACGCUGACGGGUGUCUCACCACAAGUGAUGCAAUGGUCGUCACGUACUUCAGGGGAGCCGUCAUUGAAAACGAUAAUAAAAUUCCCAAAGGAUUGAUGGCCGUCGUUGGCCUCCCUAGUCAUGAGGCCAUUAAAGUUUGUCCUAAAGGGGUAUACGUUGCCUGUAAUAAUGCAAAGGAUACUGUCGUUGUUUCCGGUACAAAAAAUGAAAUGCAAACACCUAUGAUUGAAGCUAUUAAGAAAUAUAUACCAAACCCAAAACUCCGGUCUCAGAAAUGGGUGUCCACUUCACUCAUGACAACCGAUCCCGACGAUCAAGCUUUGGAAUACGCUUCGGCCGAGUAUUUUGUAUACAAUCUACUUUAUCCGGUUCAGUUUUACGAUCGGCUUAAAUAUCUGCCUUCGGAUGCAAUUGUCUUAGAAUUAGGUCCGCAUUCAUUGUUUGGCAAAAUAGUGACCGAAACUCUCGACAACUGUACUUAUAUUUCGCUCAUUAAAAAGGGUUUAAACAAUACAAAUCUGGGAACUCUAUUCAAUGGAUUAGCAAAGUUAUAUGAGGCGGGCGUAAACAUGUCAGUUGAGAACUUGUAUACAAAAGUAGAGUGGCCUGUGGUACGAAGCACUCAAUCAAUAAGUUCUAUUGUUCGAUGGGAACAUAACAAACAAAUUCCAUUUGGUUUAUAUCCUAAGAAAUACAACCUGUCGACUGCUAGUGAUUACAAUUACACAUUCGACCCUGUUAAUUAUCAGAAAAAUAAAUUUUAUUUGGAUCAUUGUGUUGAUGGUAACGCCAUAUUCCCAGCGGCCGGUUAUUUAAUGCUCGCGUGGCGAAAAUUAGCCGCAGGUUUGGGUCGUUACUGGUAUGACGUGCCCGUAGUGUUUGAAAACGUACAGUUUAAACGACCCGUGUUUUUAAAUGAAUUGGUUAAAACUGUUUUUACAGUGAGAUAUUUGCCUCAAACCGACGAGUUCUGUGUGUUAGAGAGCGAUAACGUGUGUGUUGUGGGGAAAGUGCGGGCUCAAAACAACGAGGUGCUACUUACGCCGAAUGCUAUAUUUGAGAGACAGAAACAGAUGGCCCGUUGUCAGUACUCACUCGACAAGAAAGACAUAUAUAAAAAGUUAAGAGUUCUGGGCCUCGACUACGGACCGCACUUUCAACGCCUCCGACGCAUUCAAACCAACGAUUUCCGCGACAUUUAUGGCAUCAUUGAAUGGGACGGAAAUUUUGUCACAUAUUUGGAUUCAAUGCUUCAAUCGGCGUUAUUUAUUCACCCUAAUUGUGUAAUAGUAGUUCCGGUGAUGAUCCGUACUGUACGCGUGGAUCCCCGAAUCCUAUUUAACGCACUCAGAGUGAACCAUAAUUUAAAUCACCAUAGUGAUGAUGACACAAUUACGCUAUUAUCUAACCCGGCAAGUGUACUACCGGACAAUGAUAGUGCUAAAUAUCCACGAGGGUUAAAUAAUUUGAACAAUGCGUUUAACCGUCGUUUCUGCAUUUUUUCAGCCAAAAUGCCAUUUCAUUUCAAUAGAAAAUCUAAACGAUUUGUGGCAAACGGCCUGGAAAUGGAGGGAGUCAUUAGUCAGCCAAUAACGCGCCGCACAGACGUCGAGAAUAUUGUGUUAGAAUCAGAUAUGAAUAAAAUAGUAAAUGAAAUAAUUGAGAAACCGGAAUACGAAUUAAGUAAAGAUAUGAUAAAUCAAAUCCAAAAGAAUGAACGACUUAUCCGAUCGCUCGUUGAUAUCGUUUGCGAAAACUUUAUUACAACUAAAGAGUUAAAAGUGACGGAAAUAAACAUGACUUCCAAUCUAUUGGCUAAAGAAGUCGAACAAAAUAUUAAACAAUUCAAACUCUUUCCCUUUCAUGUCGACUAUAAACUUGUGGUGAAAUCAAAACAAGAUAUACACAAGACUUAUGGCAAUUGGAUUGUCAAACCGGGCGGAGAGAACUUUCGUUAUAUCUUCCAUAUGGACACCAAUACUGUCACUAACAUUGACUUUAAUACAAAACCUUAUUCUGAUAUAUUGGCCAAUAAUUUAGUCGCCAAUGUUAUCAAAGGGGGAGAACUGGGAACUUAUAGACACUUUAAACUUCCCGCAGAUUACGAUAAAAUAGAAUCAAAUGAAUAUCAUUUAAAUUUUGGACAAAUUCGUCGUAUGCCAAUUCGAGAUGAUGAUACGUUUUCCGAUUGUGUGUUGGGCACUGAAUACGUAGGCCGUAGGGCCGACACCGGGGAACGUGUGAUGGGUAUGGAGUCCGGCCGCACUUUUGCCAACUCUGUUAAGGCGACCGAUAAGUAUAUGACUACUGUUCCCGAGCACUGGUCAAUGGCAGAAGCGGUUACUGUUUUGAGUGCAUAUAGUACUGUUCACUACGGGCUCAUAAAAAAAGCUUACCUUAAAAAAGUAAUACUACCGUAUGACGCCGCACAUAGGUACAUGCACUUAUAUCUGAGUUUAAAACAAGAGAUGCACCUUAGGCUUACCAGACGUCUAGUUUUAGACUGGAUUGUUCAGUUUUUGAUGGUCCUGUCCAGUGUCCAGUGCAGGGGUAAAACUGGACAU